AUGAAGGUUGAAAUUGAUUCCUUUUCAGGUUCUAAGAUCUACCCAGGUAGAGGUACCUUAUUCGUCAGAGGUGAUUCUAAAAUCUUCAGAUUCCAAUCAUCAAAAUCUGCUUCUUUAUUCCACCAAAGAAAGAACCCAAGAAGAAUCUCUUGGACCGUUUUAUACAGAAGACAACACAAGAAAGGUAUUUCCGAAGAAGCUUCUAAAAAGAGAUCCAGAAAGACCAUCAAGCACCAAAGAGCUAUUGUUGGUGCUUCUUUAGAAUUAAUUAAAGAAAGAAGAUCUCAAAAGCCAGCUGAAAGAAAGGCUGCUAGAGAUGAAAAAUUAGUUAAGGACAAAGAAGCUAAGAAAUCUGCUAAGGCUUUAAGAAAGGCUGAAAAGGCUAAACAAGUUGCUGCUGGUAACAUUGUUUCCAAGCAACAAUCCAAGGGUGCUUUCCAAAAAGUCCAUGCUACCUCCCGUUAA